ACGAAUAUGAAAAUACUAAGCUACUACACACAGUCUAAGUUAUCUUAGCGAACUCGUGUUUAUUCUAAUAGUUCACACUCGGUUGUCUUGGUUGUAAACUGAAACUGUUUUCUGUCCAUGUCUUUAAACAUGUGUUGCAACUCCAAGUCAGAAAAUGGAAAAAUGGCCAUCACAGCUGUCGCUCUUCAAGACCACAUAUCAAGAUCCUUGCUCCGCAGGCUGUCACUGAGUGACCCAGUGAGAGACAGACUGCGAGUGAAAGGCCCAGGCCAGAGACCCUGUCAGAGAAACAGGCACGAGAACAGCAAACCACAACACUCAUUGUCACAGAGGUCACUGGAUGGGAGGGAGUACGUGUUGGACCCAGCACCACCACCUCUAACGCUGGCCCAGAAGCUGGGUCUGGUGGAGACUCCUCGGAGGAGGCUGUCAGAGGCGGAGUGGGAGCAGGUGAAGUCCCGCUCCGUCCAGGAGGGGGACAACACACAGCCCUGUGUCAUCUGCAAGGAAGAGUUCUGCCUGCAGCCACAGGUGCUGCUGUCUUGUACUCAUGUAUUUCACAAGGCCUGUCUUAAAGCUUUCGAACGCUACUCAGGCAAGAAAUGCUGUCCGAUGUGCAGGAGGGAGCAGUAUGAGACACGGGUGAUCCACGAGGGAGCCCGCAUCUACAGGGAGAAGUGUGUCAUCAGAAUACAGGCAUGGUGGAGGGGCUGUGUAGCUCGGAGAUGGUAUCGAAACGUCCGGCGAUCUGUCCCACCAAAAGACAAGCGGCUGAGACAGAGGUUCUUUGAGACCAAGCUCCAGGAGAUGAGUGACAGUCUGGUGCAGGCCUGCCACACGGACACAGAGGCCUUCCUGAUCGACAUCGAGCAUUCAGUGGCCCAGAGCCGCCUUAUCUUCAGGCAGCUGGAGACAAAGUGCGCUCCCGGUGCCCAGGCCCUGGACUGGGAGCUGGUCAAGGAGCAGGCUGUCCAGAGAGAGAUGCAGGACUGUCCCAUCUGCCUGACCCCACUGUGUCCCCCCUGCUCUGGGCCUGACGGGCACAGGCCUGGCCCCAGGCGGGGCAGGGUAACCCGGCAUGUGCUCCUCCUGUCCUGCUCACACCUCUUCCACCAGCCCUGCCUGGAGGCCUUCGAGCUCUUCUGCCCCGAGACGCGUCCCACAUGCCCCCUCUGCAGGGCCGCCUACAGCAAGCGGGUCCUGUGAGUGGCCAGCCACGCCAGUCCGGUGCCUGGCCGCCACACUGCCCAGUGUCUUCUGCUGUCAAUUUCAUUUAGGUUUGUUGCAUAUUUACCAGCAGUUUGCUGCAUUGCAUUCCUGUGCUGCCUUUGGUAAAGAGAAAUGUGUUCUUUGUA